AUGUUGCACUACGAUGAAUGGUUUUCAGUGAAAAACAAAAUCUAUGGCGGAGUCAAGCAAGGGCAACUCAUCUCACCGCUACGGUUCAAUCUAAUCCUGGACGAGCUCAUCGGUGACAUUGCCAAAUAUAAUGGAUUCGUACUGGAAAAUGGACAAGACGUAACUAUCCUGACACUUGCUGACGACCUCCUCUUGGUCUCGGUAUCAAAACUGUGGAUGAAGAAGCAACGAGAGACUUCCUACGGCAACACAGUCUCGAUAAAUGCCCAGAUGUUAAGAGCACUGCGACUCUAUUGUCCGCAGAAAGAAAAACACCUGUCCAGAAACACCAGAAAACGAAACGAAGAAGGUCCGGCUCCUGGCUUCUGA